AUGCAGUUAUUUGACCGCGCGAACAACGCCAAGGCCGGGGACGCGAACCCGGCUUCGGAAUCAACGAGGGAUAACGAAGUCCCAUCCACUGUUCAUCGACCCUCUGGAUUCAACAGCUUCGACGAGACUAUCGUGCUAUCUUUCUACCUGGUCAAGGCCCUCCAAAGCCUGUACAACCCAAAGAGCCUCAAAUUGGACGAACAAUCGUCUGUCCCUGUCGGCCCGCCGCUCACCCUCGACUCAGGAACGAUCCUGAUUAUCUUCUCGUGCUACUUCCGCAUGUCGGACCUGUUCAUGGACAGGCUGGGCGCCCUCAGGUCUGCACUCGAUACCACCACCGCUACAAAACCCACAGCAGCUUCCUCGCUCGCCGCCACCACUACACCGUCCUUCUCCCUGUCCAAUGUAUCCGCUAGCAAUGGCGCAAGCCCCAAUGGCGCUGCUCUACAUCUGCCGACUCUAUCCGCGUGCGGCUGCCCGCUCGAGGGAUAUCCAGUUCUUCGCCUCCGCAUGACACUCGAGCUGGUUGAGGAGUCCGGGCAGAGUAGCCUGAUGCCCGUGGUGUCGCCCCAGGCGUUGUCUGCACGGGAACAAGCUGUUCACCAUAUCAUCAACGAGACACGGAUGGAUCUGAGGCGCCAUCGCCGGGUCAUGGUCAUUUAG